UUCCACCCUGCUUCUCGCGGGGGCUCAGAAGGCACAAAGCUUUCGGUGGUGUGGUUCUCAGCUGUCUUCAAAUUUGUUCUUCCACUAUCGGGACUGGAAGGAAGCUAGCAGAUUUAAACUUACCUGCUUUGAAGCUGGUCAUCAUGAUGAAACUUGGACACAAAAAUAAAAAGCCAGGCAAAGACUGCAAGAAGCCUGCAAAGGAGAAUGGAAAGAAAGCAUCCUGUAGAGCGUCCUCUGCUCCUCAGUGUGUUCAUUUUAAUGAUCGUGCCAGCUGGAAGGCUGAGUUAAAGAAGAGGAGGGUGGAAGAGAUGAGAGAGAAGCAGCAGGCUGCCCGGGACCAAGAGAGACACAGACGUAGGACCAUUGAGAGCUACUGUGAGGAUGUCCUGAGACGCCAGGAGGAGUUUGAACGCAAGGAGGAAGCUUUGCAGGAAUUAAAUAUGUUUCCACAGCUGGAUGAUGAAGCCACAAGAAAGGCUUACUAUAAGGAAUUUCAUAAGGUGGUGGAAUACUCAGAUGUGAUUCUGGAAGUCUUGGAUGUCAGAGACCCAUUGGGAUGUCGCUGCUUCCAAAUGGAGCAAGCUGUUCUACAGGCAGAAGGCAACAAAAAGCUGGUCUUGGUCUUGAACAAAAUUGAUUUGGUUCCCAAGGAGGUUGUGGAGAAGUGGCUGGAUUACCUUCGUAAUGAACUGCCAACUGUGGCUUUCAAGGCCAGUACCCAGCAUCAAAUAAAAAAUCUGAACCAUUGCAGUGUGCCAGCGGAGCAGGCUUCGGAGUCACUGCUGAAAAGCAAGGCCUGUUUUGGAGCUGAAAAUCUCAUGAGGAUUCUGGGGAACUAUUGUCGCCUUGGCGAAGUGCGCACCCACAUCCGUGUGGGGGUUGUGGGCCUUCCUAAUGUCGGGAAAAGCAGUCUGAUCAAUAGCCUGAAGCGCAGUCGUUCUUGCUGUGUGGGAGCUGUGCCAGGAGUCACCAAGUUCAUGCAGGAAGUCUACCUGGACAAGUUCAUUAGGCUGCUAGAUGCUCCAGGUAUUGUUCCAGGACCCAACUCAGAGGUGGGCACCAUCCUGCGAAACUGCAUCCAUAUACAGAAGCUAGCAGACCCUGUGACCCCCGUGGAGACUAUCCUGCAACACUGCAACCUGGAAGAGAUUUCCAACUAUUAUGGCAUCUCUGGGUUCCAGACCACCGAACACUUUUUGAUUGCUGUGGCCCAUCGUUUAGGGAAAAAGAAGAAGGGGGGCAUAUACAGUCAGGAACAAGCAGCCAAAGCUGUCCUGGCUGAUUGGGUGAGUGGGAAGAUCAGCUUUUACACACUACCACCACCCACCCACACUUUGCCUACUCAUCUCAGUGCUGAGAUUGUUAAGAAGAUGACGGAGAUCUUUGACAUUGAGGAUACCGAACAGGCUAAUGAAGACACUAUGGAAUGUUUGGCCACUGGAGAAUCUAAUGAGCUGUUGGGUGAUAUGAACACACUCAAAAUGGGGGUCAAGUGGUUCACUUCUCCAAUGAUGAAAAUAGCAGAUGCCAUUGAAAAUAAAACCACCGUGUAUAAGAUUGACAAUCCAAACCCUCAUCAGAUGGGGUGGGCUAAAUGCGAUGCUGACCACCACCCCAAGAAUUGCACCAUGGUAGACAUCUGUCCAGUGGACCACCGCCCAAUGCUGCAGGGGAUCAUGGAAAUCGACCCUUUGCAACAGGACCAAGCUCUGGUAUCUGCUCUGAAGACUAAUAAAAAGAUGCAGAAACGUACAGAUAAAAUCGCCAGCAAGCUGUCUGUCAUGAUGUCUGCCCUCAAUCUCUGUGGCAACACUGUUGAGAGUGGUGGUGACUAAUUUCACCCCCAUCACCAGUUUCAGUGCGAUGGUACAAUAUGAAUGAAAGAAAAUUGUGUCUGUCUCCCCGAAGUACUUGCAUAUUGAAAGAAUGUGUACCUCAUUAUGCCCCUUCCCACUGUCUACUCCAUUAUCUUCAGUAAAAAAGAAUCCCAAGAAGCUA